AUGUCGUUUUCUUUACCUGCACCAUUAAAACAGCAACUUGGGCUGUAUCGCGACUCGCUGAAUGCACAAAUCGAUGCGUGGGCUGCAGAAUACAAUGUGAAUCCUGCCGCAAUCCGCCGGUACCUUGGUUUUUCGCGCGAAUUUGGUCGUCAGCCCAAUUCAUGGAAUCAGUACCAACGCUAUCUCGCAGAACAAAAACGUAGAAGCGCGAAUGGACAGCCCAAUGCAUUGGGUGCACUUGAAUCCAUGGGUAAUGACUCUCCUACGUCACAGGCACAACGCAUUCGUGACGAGCUUGCGCCGCUGUAUCAAAAAAUGAAAGAGGACCCGGAAUUUUUGGACCGCACGCAGCAAGAGAUAUCUGCAUGGGAGCGUGGUAACAAGCUAGAAAAGUCGAGCGCUGUUACUCGGGCCGAAUACAAGCGCGCUGUUCGUCGUUUUGAACAGUUCUCGCAACAAUGCUCGCAAAACUUGGGCGCAGAGUCCUUCACUAUUAUUGCACACCCCAAUAUCGGUUCUAAUCAUGUACAAAUUGCCGCUUCCCCUGCGGGCCUACAUGCGUUUCAGACUGCACUUGGUACCGGAAAACUGUUGGAAACGUUUCAAAACCGAUAUGCGGCGUGUAUCUGCCUUACCAUUGCGUCUACGGAUGAUGCGACUGGAUUAGGGCGCGAACACCACCUCGAUGUACAGGUUCCUUUACAACCACAAGAUCCUAUCAUUUUACCUGAAGACCCUACGCUGCUUACUUCGAUCCAAAAACGGAAGCUGGCCACUCCGCUGUUUCAGCGGCUUGUAGAGUCUGGACUUGACCCUGUUGGCCUUGCAAAUUUCCGGAAAAAGUCACAGUCGCGUUUUCCUUGGAAGGGGCUCAUGACAUGGUUGCACGAGAAUGGGUACCGGUUUAACUACUGGCCGAAUGAUUCGACACUGUAUGGGAUUCGACAAGCUACGGGCGACGCCACAUUGUUCCCGGCACACCUGCGCUGUGAAGGUUUAAAUACACCAAACUGCUGGAAGUCUGACGCUAUGAAUGCUAUUCUCCGGGCGUGUGUGGACCCUACAGAUCCACUGCGAGUUGUACGUCUAUAG